AUGAAGUUACAGUAUAUUACUACCCUUUUUUUCGCUGCUUCGUCCAUCGCUAUGCCAUUGCACCUCGCAAAGCGUGAUAAUAUCGACGGUGAUAUUUUGCAGUUUGCUUUGACCCUUGAACACCUAGAAAAUGCCUUCUACAAGGAAGCAUUGUCUACCUGGUCUGUUGAAAAUUUUACGGCAGCCGGAUUCACCGAAGACUUCUACAAUAACUUGAAGUACAUUGCUCAUGAUGAGGAAGCUCAUGUAGUGUUUCUCGAGGAGGGUCUUAAAUCAGCUGGCUUGGAGCCAGUUGCAGCUUGCACAUACAAGUUCAAAAUGGCUGAUGCAAAAGCAUUUGUAUCUCUUGCAGCUACUAUAGAGGGCGUGGGUGUUUCAGCAUACCUUGGGGCGGCACCUCUUGUGACAUCGAAAUCUUAUCUCACUUAUGCCGCUUCGGUCUUGGUAACUGAGGCACUUCAUCAGUCUGAGCUUAGGUCUGCCGUUGGUGAAGUCGCUUCGGCAAAUCCGUUUGGAACAGCAAUGGGGAUCAAUGCAGUCUACACCAUCGCAAGCGGAUUUAUUAGUGAUUGUCCUUCAACAAAUGCAGCGCUUCCUGUCAAGUCAUACAAGGCUCUCACUGUUAAUCAAGGUGAGCCAAUUUCUACAAGUUCUAAUGUUACAUUCACAGCAAACGGUACCCUUCCAGAUAACUGCUUUGUUACUUAUGUAAGUGGUUUGGAUGUUUUACCAGUCAGCGGGAACAUUGAUGGCAACAACAUUGUUGCAAGUGUUCCAAUGAACGUCACAGGUCAGUCCUAUGCAUUCAUAACCUCAGAUUCAUCAGCUAAUUUGACCGAUUCAAAUAUCUUAUUCGGUCCCGCAAUAAUUGAGGUAACACCUUCGAGUCCUUCUUUUAAUCUUUCUAUUACCUAA